GUCUUAUUUGAUGUCUACUACGAUAGCACACACUUGACUAAUGCAAAGUGUACAGCAAGGUGCAAAAAGCUCGCAGUUCAACCCGCUCUUUUUCUACUGAUCUGCGGAAUCUACAAACGAUUUAAAACUCUGUGGCACGCUAACCGGAAGGAGGAAUUUUAGUGACGUAACAAGAUAACCGGAAGAGAUGGAGGUGGUUAGAAACUCCGUGAAAUAGUAAUUGGAUAUAGUGUUGUGUUGGAAAUAGAAAGAAAGAGAAAACAAAUCGAAUUGUUCGCAGUAGGGACUGUGAGAGAAAGAGCAAAGAGCAGCAAAACGGAAACCUAGGGAGAAUCAAAAUACAGUUAUUUAAAGGAAGCUGACGAUAAGAAUGGUAAACAAAUAAGGCCAGGCUGUCAGAAAUAUCACUGUGAAGUACGUGUAUCGCGAAAAAAACAACCAAUACGUUUAACUGUUCAAGUGUGCCAUACCAAGCGGAGUUUAACUACGAUCAAAAACUUACUCGCGAGAUUUUUAUUUACUAACCGCACAUUAUACGCGAGAAAAAAGGAAGAAAAACAACUUCACACCCACUGUCAAUAAAAAAAAAGAAACUGGCACAUUCUGUGACUGUACUCGGAACUACACGCUUUACACAGAAAAUAUGAUUUCAUUAUAUUAUAAAUACUGUAUCGUACUGUUUUCAAAGUGACAGCGAUAUUGUUGCUUUGCUGGUAUAGCUUGUCGGUUAUAUUAAGAAUAAAUACAGAAAGAAAGUUAAUUAAUAAACCGAGCCUCUGAGUGGUUGCCGUUGAUUAUAUAUUGCUGUUAUUAAUAUUGCUACUUUAGACAGUUGUUACUUGGGGUAGCCGCAUUGCUAGUGGUAGGAUGCCGCUACUUUUCCUGGAACGGUUCCCUUGGCCCAGUUUGCAAACGUACACUGGUCUUAGUGCGGUGUUACUGGCUGGCAGUGUACUCAGCGCCUAUCACACUGUGACCGAGCCAGUCCACGAGGAUCUCGGUGCCGAACUAGACAACUCUAAAAUUCUGCACAAUGCGACCACAGGGCAAGAUCAUGAAAUCCACGACAUCGACAGUGGGGUGGCUACAGACAUAUUCUGGUACCUCGUUUCAGACAGUUUCUUUGUAUGGGUUCUUGUAAACACAGCCUGUUGUUUCCUGAUGCUAAUUGCUAGAAUUAUCCAGUACAUGGUGUUUGGCCCCUUGCGUGUCAGUGAGAGGCAGCACCUGAAGGACAAGUUCUGGAACUUCGUCUUCUACAAGUUUAUAUUUAUCUUCGGGGUCCUGAAUGUCCAGACUGUGGAGGAGGUUGUGAUGUGGUGCCUCUGGUUUGCAGUGUUGGUUUUCUUGCACCUCAUGGUCCAGCUAUGCAAAGAUCGCUUCGAAUAUUUGUCUUUCUCACCCACCACCCCGAUGAGUAGUCAUGUCCGAGUCCUGUCCCUGCUGGUGUCCAUGCUGCUUUCCUGCUGUGGGCUGGCUGUAGUGUGUGGGGUGGUUGGCUAUAUCCAGGGAAUGCACACUGUUGCCUUCAUGGCUGCAGAGUGCCUGCUAGUCACAGUCCGAACAGGUCAUGUCAUCAUGCGCUACACUAUCCACCUGUGGGACCUCAAUCACGAAGGCACCUGGGAGAGCAAGGGUACCUAUGUGUACUACACAGACUUCUUCAUGGAGCUGACCUUGCUCUCCUUGGACUUGACGCAUCACAUUCACAUGUUGCUCUUUGGUAAUAUCUGGCUGUCCAUGGCCAGUCUGGUUAUUUUCAUGCAGCUUCGGUACCUCUUCCAUGAAGUUCAGCGCAGGAUUCGCCGUCACAAAAAUUACCUUCGAGUGGUUGGAAACAUGGAGGCGAGGUUUGCCGUAGCCACUUCUGAAGAACUGGCUGCCAACAAUGAUGACUGUGCAAUCUGCUGGGAUUCAAUGCAAGCCGCUCGCAAACUGCCAUGUGGGCAUCUUUUCCACAACUCCUGCUUGCGUUCCUGGCUGGAACAGGAUACCUCCUGCCCUACGUGUCGCAUGUCCCUGAAUAUCAACGAGAACAGCAGAGCCAGGGAAGACAGGCAGAGGGAGAACUUGGGAGAAAACAUUGGGCCAGUGCCGGGAGUUGAGGCCAGGCCUCACAUCAACCACCACAACCACUUCUUUCAUUUCGAUGGCUCCCGGAUUGCAAGCUGGCUGCCCAGUUUCUCAGUGGAAGUGAUGCACACAACUAACAUCCUUGGUAUUACACAGGCUAACAACUCCCAACUCAAUGCUAUGGCACACCAAAUCCAGGAAAUGUUUCCCCAAAUCCCUUACCACCUAGUGCUCCAGGACCUGCAGUUAACACGUUCAGUAGAAAUUACCACUGACAACAUUCUGGAGGGGAGAAUCCAGGUGCCAUUCCCCACACAACCAAGUGAGCAAUUACCCCUGGAGCUCAGUCCAGGCACCAAUGAGGCUGCUGGAGCCAGUGGAAGCUCUGAGAAUGUACCCAAUGAGACAGAGGACUUUGAAGCCAGGGGGAGUCGCUUCUCCAAGUCUGCUGAGGAGAGACAGAGAAUGCUUCUGCAGAGGAAGGAGGAGCUUUUACAGCAUGCUCGCAGGCGAUAUCUUAGUAAAAGCCCUGAUCAGGAGGAAGAGGAGGAUGAAGACGAGGAUGAAGAAAGUAUCCUCUUCUCAGAGCGGAGUUCCUCUAGUACAGACUCUCUCACAGUGCGCCGCAGGAUGCUGGCGGCUGCUGCAGAAAAGAGAAUGGAGAGGCAGCAGGACCCUCUGCUAUAAGGACUUCUGGAGGGAGAUACAAUGAUGCUUGAUCUUUAUACCAGCAGCGGCAAAUUCUUCUUGAGUAAACUGACUGGAGCAGUGUCACAGUUACAAAGGAAAAAACUAAAACAACAACAAAAAAGGCAAAAUGAAGCUUUUUUUUUUUCCUUCCACAUCUCACCGACAAAAUAAAGUUGUUUUUUUUAAUGUGAGCAUGACACUUUGCCUAAAUUGCUUGGCUGUUUUUAGGUUGCCUUAGAAAGACAGACCUUUGUGGGACUGUUAUCAUAGACUGUUGCUGUUAACAAAGCCAAAUACUGUAGCAUUUAGCUUUUAAAAUCUACGUAUAUAUUUUUAGACACAAGGACAGAUAAAAUGACAAGGUAUAUGGCAUUUGGUUAUAUCAAAUGCAGAGUGAUUUCUAUUGGUUUAAAUUAAUUUCCUAAAAUUCCUGUUUAAAUUAGCCAUCUUAUUUGUCCAAAUGAUUUAAAACAGAGAAAGGACUUGUGUCUAUUUUUGUAGAGAUGCAGGCACUUGGUCUGAGAAUCUAGCAGCAGAUCAAGUUGCAGAUUUAGGAAUCGCACACCCCUUUAGUAUUUGAAAAGAUUUCGUACUUGGGAGUGGCAAAACUGUGGACUGUACUGCUGAGAAGCAAUGGGGAAAAAGUUCUGUCAUUCAUUUUCUGUUUGCCAUAUAAAGUAUCGCAUCUAAGGAUGGGUUAAUAUUUAACAGGUUACGCAUUUUGGAACCUAUUUAUGCAGCAACAUGUCAAACAAUCAAAGGAAUAUAUAACCCAAAUGGUCUGUUUACAGCUUUUUCAAAAAUGGUAUGAGGAUGUGCACAACAAACACGUCUUGUGUUUUUACUGAGAAGAAAAUCUUGAAGCUGCAGACAGGAAGCAUACAUUUGCAUUUAUAGUAUUUAUAGUUUUGUUUAGCAUUUUGAUAGUCUGAAUAAGCUUGCUUUUGAGUAAAAGAUUAAAAGCAUUAUAUUAAGAGCUGCUGAUUCAAAUGUGGAAGUUUCUUCUGAGGGCUAAGUUUGAUAUGUAUUCAAGAUUAAAUAGUGCUCCUACAAUUAAAAUAGCACUCCCAUAAUAUCAGUCAGUCUAGAUAAAGCAAGAGGCUAAUCAAAAGCUUAUCAUAAGGACUUAGAAAUACUAAAAGAAACAAGAAAUUGAAUGACAAAUGUUUCCACUAGAAGUCUCUUCUUUUUGGAGACAUUGAAGAGACUUGUGGUCGAAAUGUAUUUCUAAGUUCAGCACUGUUGAAUGUUUAAUAGUUCUGGAUGAGUCCUUGUUAAGACUAAGCAUUUACCCACGUUUGUUCUUUUAGUGCCGCUAUGAUGCUUUAAAGCAGUGCUGAUGGAUGAUGUGCAGAUCUCAAAACAAUUGUAUACAAGAGAGCAAUUUUUCCAGAUUUUUACUUGUAAUAAUUUGGCUGCAACACCUGAAGUACAUUGUUUUUAUAAUUUAAAUGUUGGGAACCUCAUGUACCCCAAUGAACACUAUUAGAGUCCCAACAUUUAGUUGCACUCUGAUGAAAUCCAAGCAAUUACCAAGGUUUUGUUGAGAUUGUGUUUGAUUCCCUUGGAGGUUGCACCAGCAUUUACAUUUCCCUUAUGUCAUAAAAAAAAGCUUUGUAUGUAAGAAGAAUUUCAGUGUUCCAGAUGUCGAUGGAUCAUGUUUCAAAUGUCAUUGUGUUACUUAGUCCUGCUGCACAAAAAUAUCUUUGUAGCAAAAGUUGUAAAGGUAUUUGUUAUUAUGUGAACCAUGCAACCAACCACAGCUGUGUUACAUGUAUAUUUCUACCAUCCCAACUACAGUAUUUUAUAUUGUCAAGCAAUACGGUACUAUCGUCCAUGUUGAGACUUCUGCAGAUGGGUUUACCAACUGAGAACAAGUUUUAUGAAACUGGAAAGGUAUAAUCUAUUUGAUUCUUUUUGAUAACCCCCAAAACAUUUGUGCCCAAGUAAAAAGAGGACUACAGCAUAAUGUGCACAUUAUAUAUAUAUAUAUAUAUAUAUAUUCAUUCUUUAGAAGCUGAUUAUACAUAGAUUUUUGUAACUCAUUUUUUAAUGACAAAACACUGAUUUUUUUUUAUUAAACAUUUUGCUCGCCCUGCAAAAGGUAAAAAGCUGCAGAGCUACAAUAGAAGCCUUUAACCAAACCUAACUUAAUUUUUUGAAGUGAUGCAUUUAUUUUACUCUUUUUAAAAAGUUUCCAUUUAUCUAGACUUCAGAUUGUCUGCUGUUUUGUUUGAGCUUUUAAUUGUUCAAUAAAUAAACUGCCAUUA